UCAUCUCCUUCUUCGUCUCUCUCUUGAUCCCGCCUGGCAGACGGCAAGAGAAGCGACCAUGGCCGACCGUGCAGCGCUCACUCUCCGCCAGAUCCCCCGGAUGGCCCUCUCGACGGCUUCGAACCGCCUCACCGCCCCGUUGAGCCCCGACACGACGGCCCAAACACCAGCCGAACGGGCGGCGGCUCGGUUCCGCGUCGAGGGCAACGCGGUGGUGACGGGGGGCGCGGGGGCGCUGGGACUCACGGUUGUCAGGGCACUGCUGGAGCACGGCGCCACGGCGGCCACGCUGUUUGAUCUGCGCGAGACGUUUGACAGCUCUGCCGGCCCGAUCGCGCGUUUACGAGCAGAUUUCCCUGAGCGGAGGAUCUAUACCCGGCCAGUCGACGUGACAGAUACAGAACUCGUUGAGAAGGCGAUGGAAACCGCCGCGAAGACGAUGGGCUCGGUUGAUAUCCUGUGCUGUCUGGCGGGAGUGGUGGGCUGCGUGGAUUCGCUCGCGGUGUCGACGGAGGCGUUUACAAAGGUGCUGGACGUCAACCUGACGGGGUCCUUCUGCUGUGCGCAGGCGGCAGCGCGCCAGAUGGUCGCACAGGGGACAGGCGGGAGUAUCGUGCUCACGGCGUCCAUCUCGGCGCACCACACGAACUUCCCGCAGCCGCAGGUCGCGUACAACGUCAGCAAGGCUGGGGUGGCGCACAUGGCGCGCAAUCUCGCUGCCGAAUGGGCAGUCCACGGCAUCAGAGUCAACAGCGUCAGUCCUGGCUAUAUGGAUACGGUGCUGAACGCGGGGGAUUCGCUGCAGCCUGUCCGGGAGAUCUGGGCGGCGCAUUGUCCCAUGGGCCGGAUGGGAGAUGUCGAGGAGAUUACAGGGGCGUUUAUUCUGCUCGCCUCACGACGGGCAGGGAGAUACAUCACCGGUGCAGAUCUAUUAGUCGAUGGGGGGGCCAUGGCAUUGUAAUUAAGACAUCUAUGAGCUUCAAUAUUAGGCAUCUAUGAAUCUGAUUCUAAACAUCUAUGAGUCUAGAUUGGCAUCGAUGAGUCUCAAUUAUCAGACAUUAAUACUCUGUGAAGCGCUGGAGUGCAUGCGGCAGCUGCCGAUGGAGACUCUCCUGGAAGCUGCGUAUGCCUUCGAGUUGACCAUCGAAUCGUUUGGGG